AUGGCGACUACAACAGCCGGAAGUAAACUCGCCCAGGAGAUCAACGAAGAAUUUCUGACAUGCAAGAUAUGCCUGGAGCCUUUUAAAUCGCCAAAAUGUCUAGAUUGUCUGCACACAUUCUGCGAGUUGUGUAUCGACAAUCACGUGAUGUCAGAAUGUACCUAUAAGAAGUAUAGUGAUUAUCGUGAGUUUACCUGUCCUCUCUGCCGGAAGCGCACUCAACUACCGAUAGGUGGCGUCAAGAAACUUCCGGAUAAUUUCCUUGUUUCCAGUCUUUCAGAGGUUGUCCUCCGACAAAAACCGUCCAAAUUUCCAUUCUGCGAUAUUUGUAAAUUGGUAAAUCGCAAGCAUCGAGAAGCCUCAUCCAAGUGUUUGGACUGUAAUAAAUUAUUGUGUAAGCAGUGCGUCGAUCUUCAUAAAGAAACAAAAGUCACAAAAUCCCACAGUUUGUUCGACGUUGAGAUAGAGAAGGAUAUAGAAUGUAAAGAACACGCAGAAGAAGUUGUGAGAUUUUAUUGUGAACCUUGUGAAAUGUGUAUAUGUGUACUCUGCACAUUUAACGAACACAAGGAUCACGAAAUUACCCAAUUCAACGAAGCUGUUUUGAAAUAUAAAGAGGCCAUACAGACUUUGUUAUCGAAUUGCAAGGAUCGCAUUGACCUUUACGAUUCUCAACUGGCCCAUCUGAAAAAAUGUGAAACUCUCAUCAAGGCAGCUGAGCAGAAGAUCAGG